AUGGAUCACUUUCAAGGCAUCACUGCUCAGAUCAUUUCGAACGGACAGGUCCUGGACUUUUACGAUGAUCCUGACGCACCUGAAAUUCCAGAGAGUCGUGCGCGCCACCACUACGUUGAAGCGGUAGCUGGGUCCACUUUUCAGGUGAAAGUGAACCUGACACACCGGUUCAACUCCUGCGGAAUGAAGGCUGAGGAUGCUGUCAAAAUCUCGGUCGUACCUGAUGGUAACAAUCGCGGCGGGCGGGCAAUUAAAUAUACCAAGAAACUUCUUCGGGAGAGUUUCUCACGGGUGUAUCUCCGCAGUCAUACUUUCACGGGUCCCAAGCACUUCUGCAAAGAGACUGGACAAUGGAUGCAGAGUGACUAUUCCUUUGGCAAUCUCGUCCUAAAAGAGACCCCAGAUCCUGGUUUUUCCGUCAAACAAGCUGAGGACCUCGGCAAAAUACAAAUUACUGUCGAACGCAUCAAGGUGGAAGAGCGCCAAGUGGCGUACGUCCCGAGUACGAUACCUAUUGAAACGAUAAACGAGGUCCCGGAGAAAGCAUUGAAAGGACGGUCCAUUGAGACUACCGUCAGAUUGGCAAAUACCCGUCCUACUUCCGCUUCCAUUCAUUCUCACAUUUCUAAAAGCAUCAGUGGGGAAGCGGGAAAGCCUGUGGUAUUCAACAUAUACUACAGAUCAAGACGUGCCUUGCAGAUGAUGGGAUGCAUUCCACGAAGCCCUUCCCCAGAAUCCCAAUCCCCCGAUGAUGAUGCCACCGCUCCCGAACAUGCACUCCGAGAAGUGCGAGACCUCCGCGCUCGGCUUGCUCUCUUAGAACGUGGCCUCAACGUCAAGUCCGAAUCGUCGAGUGCUGCCACGGGAGUCAAAAGGGAACGCGAGGAAGAAGGCAACGAAGGGUCCCGUCAAAGACGUCGGACUACCGUCAAGAUUGAGCAUGUCGAUCUUACUGACGACUAG